GUUGCAUAAGGUUGCCGAGAAGGCAGCUGUGAGUGGAGGCUGUUUCAGCCCCGGUCCUCGGGUCACACGUCGCAUGUAACGCCGCGUCCUCCUCGCUUCGAUGCAGCGGAUCGCCAGUCUCGCUGCAUGCCGGGAGUUCGGCGGCCUCGCGGCGUGCAAGCCCGGGGUCUGCGCCUUGACGAGGGGCCCGAGCUGCAGCGGGCAGCCGGUCGUGCACCGGCAGUGGGCGGGUGUGUGUGCGCGUCCUUUCUCCGGGGAGCACGCAGCGCAAGGCCGCAGGCUCUGCAGGCGGAGGUUCGCGUUUGUGAGUCAGAAACACAGACUUUUCAGCACCCAGCCCGGAGCCGACAAGCCGGAGGGGAGCUCCGGUGGACAGCCCGAUAUCUCCGUGGUCGGCAUCCCUGACCCGCUCACAUGGAUCCGCUGUAAAGGCAUCAUGUUCCUCAUCGAACUGUACUUUGAGUUAGACGUCAACUCUGUAGAGUUUGACAGAGGAGUAAAACAGGCUUUGGUCCAUGUCUCCAAUGUGAUGUCCUGUGGCAGAUACCAUGAACUGAGAGGGGUCGUGUCCAAUGAGAUGGUAGAAUAUAUUGAGAAGAGGUGCCGGUCUCUCACCAAUGCUCAGAGGCAGCAGCUAGCUAUAACAAUGGAUGAUAUUAUAUUUGUGCUUCCAGAAGACGUGUCUGUUGUCUUUGAUCAAUAUGGUAGAAAGUUCUGCUUCAUCGUCAUGAGGUUUUGGCUCCUGUCAACACACGAAGGGCCCGAUGACCCAGAGGGCACAAAAAUCUUCAAAGUGGCCUCUAGUGAAGACAGCAGCCCGCAAAAGAAAAUUGCGACUGCUGUUUAUGAAUUCCACAGAGAGCUGACGAGGGGGGCCUCUCCUGACUGGACGGUCACGACUGUUUGGCACUGGCACUGGAAACUGGCGGAGGACGCAGCAGCAGACUAGUGUUCAACUGGAUUUAUUUAAGUAUGAAAGACUACGUUAAACUGGACAACAGUCAAAGUGAGCAGCAGACUGAAGGUGAACAUGAAAUGGGACCCAAAGCCAUAGCCACUGAAGCUGUGCAGACAACUCAAGACCUCAGAACUUUAUACAUGAAACCAAUCCUCCUACUUGAAGGUCAUCCUUUGAUCCUCAGAUGCCUUUAGUUCCUUCCUCCAGUGAUUUCACACUGUUGAAAAUGUUAGUAAUACAAGUCAAAGUAGGAGUAACACUCAUUAAGUGUUUUUAGCUAAAAUAUGGACAGCGCGAUGAGGUCACUGGAGGAAGACUCUCUUUUCCUCUGACUGUGUUUUCUGGAGCUUGACCUACAGUACGCAUGAAAGUUUUUGUCAUGGGAUUCCUUGGUCAUCUCUAUUAUAAGUGAUUAACCUUCAUUUGCUAAGGAAGACCAUGAGAUGGGGCUGAAAGCUCACAGAAAAGUAAGUAAAAUAUUGUUUCCAAGGUCAAAAAUGAACUUUGACACCCAACUCCACAUUGAAUUUGUUAAACCAAUAACCUGUAUCAAUAAAUUGUUUGAUUGUGACACCAAACUGUACCUCUAACCCUUUAAUUUACACAGGAAAUCUGACCCUCCCCAACACUCACAACCAAUACUUAUGAGAUCUCAUCUACACUGUACCAAUAACUGGCCACUCUGACAUUGCACUGAUGAACAAAGGGACUGUACAAAUACUAGACUGGUAACUUCAGCUGAACCACACUUGAACUAUACUACGACACCCUUUCCACAACAUGUCCAAAUAAUAUAGUACAACAUGUGUAACCGUGCACAGAGACAGAACUGUUGUCCUCUGCAUAUGGCAAAAUUUCUUUUUGAUGUAACUAUUUAAGAAACUAUUGACCUUAUUAAUUAGAAUUAAAUAAACAAUAAAUCCAUGGCAAGGAAAAAAAAUGAAAGUGUCCAAAUAGUCUCUAAGUUUGCAACGUUUCACACAACAGUUUCUGACCUC